AUGUUUCGUUGCUUGGUCGUGUCUUCAGUCUGCCUGGCCUAUGCCAGAGAGGCAUGUGAGCAAAAUGGGUCCUGUAACAUUCAGGAGCCCGUGUCCAUGCUCCAGGCCGCCAGCAAGAUGAAGGCCAACUGCACGGGAAGUAAGUGUGGACGGGGGCACCCCGCAUGGAUGGGGCCCAUCUCUGUGCUUCAGUCUGACGAAGGAGUUGUCCCUGAAUUCCAAGUCCAGGAGGAUGGGACUUGGAACACUUACUUCCUACCAGGAGCUAGCAUCACCGACAAGAGGGCAGUCACCUAUGGCAUCAACGACAAGUACUAUCUGAUGAAGUACAACACCGCGGAUUAUUCCAAGGCAGACAACUUCAAGAUGAUCCAGUUGAAUGGGAAGACAUUGAUCACAGAAGUGAAUCUCAAUGGCGCAGGGUGCGGAUGCAAUGUGAACUUCUUCAUGGUUUCAAUGCCAGCUGCCUCUCCUGGCCAGUAUGGCGACUACUACUGUGAUGGAAACUGUGUGGGCGGCAACUGCUGCCCAGAGUUCGACACCAAUGAGAUGAACACGAACGCGCUGCAGGUCACAAAUCACAACUGCUGGAACCCCUGGUCCAAGAAUACCUGUGAUGGAAAUGGUGAUCCUGAGAUGAAAUUCUACCCUGGCGAAUAUGGCCCGGGAGGCAACAACGCCAUCGACACAAACAAACCAUUCUUCUUCUCAGUCCAAGUGAGAGAGGUCAUUGUUGGAGACGGAAGCCCGGACAACCAUCUCAUCGUCGAAACUCGAGCUUGGCAGGGGGACAAGGUCGUGGCAAAGUCCAUGGGUGGCGUCAACAACCCCAUGAAUGGCAUGUGGGGCAAUUUCGCUAAUGGCAUGGUUUUGGUCAUUGACUACUGGCAGAGCCAGGAUCUAACGUGGCUGGAUGGCUCAGCCUGCCACGCUCCGGAGUAUUGCAGCGGUAACAAGGCCACGCUCAGCAACAUGCAGCUCAUCUCGAAUGACAACCCCCAGCUGUCAGCCAGCUGCCCUUCCAGCGAGGGCUCCGACUGCAGCUGGGCCCAUCAAGGAAAUGGUGCCUGCAACAAUGAUGACGCUUCCGAGGGCUGGUGCCGGUGCUGCUGCACAGAGACCGCCUUGGUCCCUCGCUGCCUCUGGUCAGGCUACUCGGCGUUCUGA